AUGAAUGAUCGCAGUGUGACCCCUUACCAGUGGCAGGCUUACCGAACACCAGAACACGAUGAGGACAUAUUUUACCAGCCCAUAAAAGGCAAAAACGGCAAUCGCACAGGCUUUGGCAUACCGAUCAAAGAGCUUCCAUAUUGGAAGUGGAAGAAGAUAGUGAAUAACCGGCGCUCAGGCAUAAACAAGAUUGUGUUUCGAGGCGGGUAUCAAGUUCCUGCUCGCCGCGGAGAUGGUAGGGCGGAGAUGGUCGAGAUGCAGAGGAACUUCAUGGGCAUGGCAACCGCCAGUCUCUGGGAGAGUGUAUUUCGGCAGGCAACAUCAUUGUGGAGCAUGAGCAAUGCAGGAGCUGCGUUCCGUGGUAUUGACCCAAAGGAGACUACGGUGUAUAUCCUGCCAACUUCAGGAGACGAAGGAACUGGCAGAGGAUCCAAUAUUACUUGGACUGACGUGAAUAAUGCAUUCGAGAGCUUACCCAGCAGUCUGGGCACCAAGUAUAUUGUUUUGGAAAAUAGCAAAACUGUUAUAGACGAGGGGCUGGUGUUGUAUUCCGUCAAUCCCUUCCUCCACUACAGUUCAUACGUUUCCAAGGAUACUGCAGAAGCAUUUGGAUUAAGCUCCUUUCGUCCUUUGAGGCCAUAUACCAACGAGGCAGGUGGAAAGCUAGCGGAGCGGAUGAAGCCUCGUCAAUCAGAUGUCAAGACCCGCAACAAACUCGCCAGAAAUGGAAUCGUGAUGACGAGAACCAAUGGAUCUAUUGGCAUUUCAACUACCCGCAUGCUCAAGGCUGCUGCCAAGAGAGACGAAGCGAGCUCACAAAAGACUGUUAUGGGCAUUUCGGCACCCGAGCUUGCGAGAGACUACCUAGGCUGGGGAAGUCAAAACUACGACACAUCCAAGAGCGGUCAAGAUAAGCAUACAGCAGAGUGGCUUCACAUCAGCGCCUUUUCCUUUGGCGGACUUACCGACGGGCCAAAGGCGUGGGAAACAAGCCAAAUCCAACCCAACAUGAUGCUUGGCACAUGGGAAAUGAACUCUUGGAUGCUACGAUGCGAGGCUGCCUUUCAAGCGCUGUUCAAACUGGAGCGCGAGUUCAGAAAAGGUCUCACCAACCAAAUCGAGGUGCUUGGCGUCUUACGCUUCGAAUCAUUCGAUCCUCCCGAGCCAAAUGAAAAAUCUUGGUUUGACAAGUGUGACUGGAUCCAUUUUAAAAUGCAGUGGGAACUCGAGAUGCAAGGAAAGUCUCAUCUCCUUGAUAGAGACUUCCUAGCCGUGGCCUUGACGAUGAACCCUUUCAAGAGAUCCUGCUUCACUAAGGGCGAAGCUAUGGUCGACAUGGCCUUGCUCAAAACCAUCUUCAAUCGCAAGGAAGAGGGCUUACUCAGGACGAUGAGUAUUCAAACGCUUGAAGCAGGUUCCGGGUUGCCCAUUCGUAUGGGCAAGCAAGAUGAUGGAAGGGCCGAUGAGGUGCUUCUAACAGAUCUUGAAACCCAACUUGUUUUGUCACACAACAUCAACCGACUAGAUUCAACUGAGGGCCUCCAAUCUCAAUUUCUCCAGCAUAGAGACUCUCUCUUCACGGCCGAUAACGCUGAGAUUGUUGAGAUGAGGAUCUUCGAAAACCCACGUAAAGGAGAUACGGUUGUUGUAGGAGGGAUCCCCUUGCAGAAUACCAGACUGAUUGUCCCGAAUGACCAGGGCAAGUACGCAAACCUCCCUGUCACAGUUCGGGGUGCCAACUACUCUGGCAAUGAGACUGGGCUACUUCUGGUACCAGCCGCCCGAGAAGGCCAAAUCACCGUAGCCCAAGCAUCAAAGACGAAGCCUAUCCUGAUAUUAUCCUCGUCUCCACGCCUCGACAUGGAGGUUAUUGAGCCCUCAAUCGCUACUGUCUCUCAGGUAGCUGAGCUAGCCACCCAGACCUUUGGAGAGGCUGGCACAUUGGCCGCUGAAGAUUGCGUCCUUCAAGCUGACGUUCAAAACCUGUUUGGGAUUCCCGGUCUUAGUGGCGAGCUGUUGAGUAUUCAGAGCUCAAAUCCUCAGGACCCCAUACAAGAGAAGGUCAAACCCUACCUCAGCGGCUCUGCUGAUGGUUACAUUAAGACCCUGUUUCCCUCGCUCAACAGCGAUAUAGUCCAGAGGCUACCGAUAGAUAACGUUGAGUUUACGUACUCGAACAAGUUGGAUGACUUUCAUAACCCGGAGGGACUAUCACUGAGCGCUGACAUUACCUUUACCGGACCCCUAAGCCCCGUUAAUGAGCUUUUACAGUUUGUCUACAGCGGUAACGAGAAGAACACACCGCCAACAAAACUCCGAGUCAAGGCGCGACUGAGUUCAGAAAGAAACUGGCGUGCACCGCUAGAGUUGAACAACUUUGCAUUGCGAGGCUCCGUUGAUCAAUCGCUUUGGCUUGGAGAUAUGAUAAGGUUCCGAAAGGUCGGCGUAGAAGUAUCUGUAAUCAGCAUUUCAUCGCUUGACCACGACAAGACAACCUGGAAGCUCGGGUAUGGGUUAUUUGGAGAGCUUGAGAUCUGCAAGCCUUCAAAGAAUGGUCUGCCACUAACCGUCAAGUACUGGAUGAGAAAGAUUGGCGACACCUACAGUCUUAGCAUGGCCCUUUCGUCGCCAGAAUGGACUUCCGUCUUUGGUAUUGAGAAUCUUGAUGAGUCGAGUUUCAUGCCUCGAUAG